AUGAAUUCACAUCGCGUUGAAACAAACUUCAUAAUCAACACACUGGGUACAUACUAUCUCACAAAAUCAAAGUUUCCAUUAAUGCAAAAAACUGGUCUGGAGCGAGAAUUAAUGUACACGAACAAACUGACAUCGAAGACUUAUAUUGAAAUAUUCAAACCAUUCGAUAGCACUAUGGCUUACGUUCAAACCAAACGACAACAAUACUAUCUAUGCUCUAUUCUUCAAGGCAAUGAUCCAAUUUUAUGGGCUGCAUUCUCUGAAGAAGCGGAAAAUGUUCCGAGUGGGGCUUUUAUUUUUGAUCGUGAAGUUGCGUCUACGCAUUUGCCACUUGCAAGGACAAGGUCGGAGCCAGAAGAUAUUGGAAAGCUAGUGAAUGAAAUUGUAAAGUAUGGAUUGGAAGAAUCUUCCGCUACGAGCAUUUCCCCAUAG